CUUAGCAUAAAGACCCCAAACAGCUAGUUGUCAGUAAACAGAGCAGAGGCACCUCCUCUUGCUCUCUGUUUGACCCCAACUCACAUAACCUCAAGUGGGAACCCCCCCCUUGCCAUUUGUUAAACUCUGUCAUGUUGAAAGCUAGAGUCAACGCUGCCUUCAAAGUAAAAGCUCAGACUGACGCUUAUGUUUAUCCUUUCAUGUUUGUGGAGGAGGUUUUGAGGGGGAACAAAACAUACAAAUUUGAAUUAUUGUCUCACAAAAAAAAACAAAAACAGACUUAGUACAUUAAUUGCAAUUUGUUUUGGGAAUAUGCACCACGAAAGUACAUUAUCCACUAAGGUUAGCUCUGCAUUAUCACAAAAUAUUAUAGCCCUGUCUCCCCAGUUUAACAUAUAAUUGUAACACCACGGUUUCAUGCAGGGCUUUAUAGCUAACCUUUAAAAAUUAAAUACACUUUAAUACAAUGAAAAAUAGCAGAGGUGCUCUCCCACACAGCAAAUGCAAUAUGAAGCCAUGGACCAGAAACACUUUUAUUUUGAAGGUCCUCGCCGGAUGUUUUGGUAUAGUCUCUGGUUAUUUUACUCUCUGCUUUCCCUCUCACGAUCAUUCAUUCAGUCAGAUCUUUUUAUCCAGCAGGAGAAAGAAAAACUCAAGAUUAAGAAUGUUGGGUAAGAGAUCGUUAUUAGCGGCUCUGCUCGCUGUGGCGGUUGGCGUUUACCUGCUGCCCUCUCCCAUAGACCCCAAACCACACGUACUGAAGGGGCCUCCUCCGGCCCUCGAGGGGCCGCUCGCUGUCAACACCCGGCUGCAGAAGGGCCGCAGGCUGUUUACUGGGAAACUACACGGACCAGAAUCCUUCACUGCAGAUGAGCAGGGUAAUGUGUACACAGGAACAGUGGACGGGAAGCUGUGGAGGGUCGGCCGUGAUGACAGCCUCACUCUCAUCACACACAUGGGACAGGAUUUACCAGAAUGUGGCAGCAGUACAGACUAUGAGCCUGUGUGUGGUCGUCCUCACGGUGUGCGUUUGGAUCGUCACGGCCAGCUGAUAGUUGCUGACUCAUACUUUGGGCUGCACAGCGUUAACCCCCAAACUGGAGAAAAGACUCUGCUGCUGGCUAAUUCACAAGGCGCUGAUGGCGUUCCCUUUGCGUUCCUGAACGGGCUGGAGAUUUCUUCCCAAACUGGGAUCAUUUAUUUCACAGACUCCUCCAGUCGCUGGGGACGCAGACACGUCACACUGGAGGUGAUCGAGCUGAACAGCCUCGGCCGUCUUCUCUCCUACGAUCCAGAGACAGGAAGUGUGAAGGUCCUGCUGGACUCUCUCUACAUGCCCAACGGCAUUGUCCUGUCGCCUGACGAACACUUCCUGCUGCUGGCGGAGACGAGCAUUGCACGCCUGCUGAGGUUUUGGCUGAAGGGCCUGAAGGCUGGCACCAAGGAGAUCGUCAUGGACAACAUGAUCGGUUACCCAGACAACAUCCGCCUAAGCGACCACGGAACAUUCCUGGUUGGCAUAACAACGACACGGUUCCGGAAGGUCAUGCCUCCCUUCUUGGACAUGAUCGCCCCGUACACGGCUGUCAAACGCUUCCUGGCCAAGGUGAUUCCUCUGAGCUGGUACAGCCUCCUGCUGCGGCGCUACGCUCUGGUCCUGGAGCUGGGACCGGACGGCCAGAUCGUGGACACGCUGCACGACCCUGAAGGCCGCCUGACGUGGGCCAUCAGCGACGUCUUCCAGCACCGAGGGAGGACCUACCUGGGCAGCACCGACCUGCCGUUCCUGCCCGUCCUGGAGGGAUCCUGGGAGAGCUGAUGACGGACUACGGCAGGAAACUAAAUGUCGGACUCUGUCGCCAAUUUAUGACCUGAGAGGUGAACUGAGCAACUGUGAUGAUCUAAAGACUCUUUCAGAAAAGUUAAAACUUCCUGUGGAAACAGAACAAACUUCCAUCUGCUCAAAGUGAUGUUAUGCCGUUUGACGGGAUAACAAUGGAUGUCCUUUUUAGUGCAAAAAACGAAAAUGGUGAGCUCCAACCACAUUAUAUACCCAAAAUACUGUGCAGUUAAAUUAUAGAAAUUAGGUAAAUAAGUUUGAUCAAUGCACUGGAUGUAUGCAGACGAGCACCAGAAGAAACACUGAAUCCAUCAACCUUCUUUCCAACUGCAAUUAAACUGAAAUAAAACUUGAAUAGUCUAUUAUUCAAAUGUUAUCUAGUCUAUUAAUAGUUUGUUUGCAAGUGACAUGGCAGCUUAAAUGAACUCAAAGUGAUUUCUCUCGGUCAUUUUGGACUAAUCAUUAUCUCCUGGAUCUUUAAAAUCAACCAACUUUCUCUCUGAGGAAUUUUAAAUGAAUGUUGAAAUAUAGAAUUUUCGACUGUUUAAAAACUGUAGGAAUGUGUACUAUUAAUACCAUAGACUUUAAAAUAAAUAUUUUAUAUAAAAAUGACAUUUCAGUGAGACUCCUGAAUUACAAAUGGGUUGCAAACAGCUGAAACGAUAUGAUUAGUCGUUCUGAUUAUUAAUUAAUCAUUUAACACUUAAUUGUGAGGAUUCUCUGCUUUUCUCUGAUGAAAUAAUUGUAAACCCCUUCA